GCUGCUGGAUUAUCGCUCCCUGCAGGAUUUACUAGGUGUGUGCGCUGAGGGUUACAGGUGGAGCGGAGAAAAAGCGUCCGUACGGAUCCUAAAAGUAGCCGAACCGGGUGUCAGUCUGCGAGGGCUUCCCUCAUGUAGAUCCCGGCAGCUGGACUGCUGAUCUCCUUGUGUCUUUGGCAGAACCCUGAAAAUGAAGUCCUCCAGCGUCCCCCAGCACUAGCCGGGCAGCAUGGCGCCUGCUCCUCCUUCCGGAGAGGACACCAGCAGCUCAUUAGCUCUGCGCUGGAGGCUAACGCCGACAUAGAUACCCAUCAACAUCAAACCGAACCCGUUCAGACUGAGUCCUGGUUAAACAUCUGAAUAAGCCGCUGACAGGACUCGUCCAGCGCCGGGUUCUAAGGACUCGGGUUCUGGACCAUGCUCUGUGUCUGAUUUUGUGGCGUUCGGGGGCAUCAGAGCGGGACGGUGCUGCACCUGGACGGACCGCGGACCCUGAGCCAUGUCUCUUCUGUCGACUCUAAGCAUCGUCUGUGGAUUGAUGCUCCAGCUCUACUUCAGUCUGCUCAGCGCUCAGUACUGCGUUCCACGAAACACUGUCUCCUACCAGAGUAACCUGAAGUUGUUCAGAAAAGAGGGGACCUUCAAUUACUCGACUAUGCUGAUCAGAGAUGACCUGGGUGUGUUGCUGCUGGGGGCAAGGGAGGCCGUCUUCGCUCUGGAUCUCAACAACAUCUCAGUCCAAAAGGAUAUGGACAAGUGGGGAGUUACCCAGGAGAAGCAGAGGGAGUGCACAUACAAGGGAAAAAACGCAGAGGUGGAGUGCCGCAACUACGUUCGGACGCUGCACAGUCUGAAUGACACUACUUUCUACGUUUGUGGCACAAAUGCCUUCUCUCCAACCUGUGAUUACAUGACAUUUGCAAACAACAAUCUGACCCUGAGGAGAAAGCAGGAGGAGGGGAAAGGGAAGUGUCCUUUUGAUCCCUUUCAGAGAUACUCCUCCCUCAUGGUUGGAAAUGACCUGUACUCUGCUACAUCCAUCAACUUCUUGGGCUCUGAGCCCGUGGUUCUGCGCACCUCCGCUCUGACUCUUCGCACUGAGUUUAAGAGCUCCUGGCUCAGUGAGCCAAACUUUGUCUACAUGGACUUCAUGGAGGAGAGCUUUGACAGUCCGGAUGGGGACGACGAUAAGGUGUACUUGUUCUUCAGCGAGAACGCCAUGGAGUACGACUUCUACAGAAAGGUCGUCGUGUCAAGAGUGGCCCGGGUCUGCAAGGGAGAUAUGGGCGGCCAGCGGACGCUGCAGAGGAAAUGGACCUCGUUCCUGAAAGCCCGUCUGGAUUGUUCCUUCCCUGAACCCAGCCUGCCUCCCAUUGUCCAGGAUGUCUUCCUGUUGAGGCACAAGGACUGGAGGAAGAGCGUCUUCUACGCAGUCUUCACACCUCAGUCGAGCAUGUCUCAGAUCUCUGCAGUGUGUGCCUACACCGUCGACGCGAUUCGAGCCAUUUUCAAUGAGGGAAAGUUUAAGACAUCUGUUGCCGUGGAGACGUCCCAUGUCAAAUGGGUGAUGUACACCGGAGAAGUGCCGGUGCCGAGACCGGGAGCGUGCAUCAACGAUGUGGCUCGUAAAACGGGGAUGAAUCGCUCCCUGGACCUUCCGGACAAAACCCUCCAGUUCAUCAGAGACCGACCCCUGAUGGACGAGGCUGUCCCUCCGCUGACAGGAGGGCCGCUGCUGCUCAAGGCGGGACCCUUGCUGACCCGUAUCGUGGUGGACAGCGUGCUGGCUCUGGACGGCGAGACUUAUAACGUCAUGUUUAUUGGAACUGAGAACGGUUACGUUCAGAAGGCCGUCAACUUUGAUGGGGAGAUGUUCAUCAUCGAGGAGAUUCAGUUGUAUGAAAACCCCGAGGCUAUCAAAACCCUGAGCCUCUCAUCGAGCAAGGGCCAACUCUACGCCGGCGCAGACUCCGGUGCCGUCCAGAUGCCGGUCAGCGACUGCAGUCGAUACCAGUCCUGUGAGGACUGCAUCCUGUCCAGGGACCCGUACUGUGCCUGGGACUCCUCCGGCGAACGCUGCUCCUCUGUCUACAGUCUGCCUGCCGACCGAAAAACUGCAGUCCAGAGCCUGAAGGAUGGGGAUGUGUCGCAGUGUCCUUCACCAGAUCCAGUAGCAGCUGUGGACGUCGCCCUGGUUCCCGGGAACAACAUCCAGCUGACUUGCCGGCCUCACUCCAACCUGGCGCGGGUCCACUGGAGGUUCUCGGGCCUCCACCUUCAAGCGAACAGCAAAUACUACAUCUACGGCGGGGGCCUCCUGGUCCUGAACACGGCUGCGUCAGACGCAGGCUUCUACCUCUGCGACUCGGUGGAGCAGACGAACGGCAGGACGUACAACAGGACCGCGGCCGUUUAUCAUUUGCACGUCUUCUCUGAGCCCGAGCUGCAUGUCAACCCCACUCCUGAGAUAACGGUGACAAAGCACUUCAUUCAAACUCUGAAAACGGCCGCGACCGGGUCCCAGCCGGACCUGGCGAGCGAGGACCCGCUGAUGCCGGAGACUCAAAGCGACGCCGGCAAAGUGAGUCGGCUGGAGGUGGCCGUGGCUCUGCUGUCGCUGCUCUGCCUCUCCCUCAUCGGCGUCCUGCUGUGGUUCUGGAAGCAAGGGCACUGGAAGUGUUUCAGGUUCAUGCCGGGCUCCAAGGGCGUCGAGAGGAAGAGGCCGUCGACGGACUACACGCACAUCCAGAACAGAAACUCUGAGAUUAAGCUCCUGGGGCCCGAGGCGGGGAGACCUUGCAGUGCCAACAAUAAUCACUCUGCUGUGGACUUCAAAGGGAACGGCGAGUGCCCAGUCCCACCUCGGGCCAACAUUUCAGGUCUGGACGUUCUGGGUCUCAUCCAUGAUGAGUCAGAGAUUUGAGACUGCUGAGGCUGCCCACUUUACUCCGAGCUCUGCACCAGUGCAAUAAUUACCUUCUCACAUGUGUACUUUGUGACAACAGACAUGUUUUACAUUGGUCAGGUACGUCUCAAUAAAUUGAAUAUCAGCAAAAGUUAAAUAUUUCAAGUGUUUUUUUUCUGUCGGUUUUGAUGAUUAUGGCUUACAGCUAAUAAAAACUCAUUAUAUUAUGUUAUACUGGCCUUGUUCACAAUCUUUCCCAGGCUGCGGUAAUCCCUGUUCAUCUUUCUCUUCCACAUUUUCUUCUUUCAACUCAAUUUUUCAUUGAUAUUUGAAAACGGCAUUCAGAAUUGUGUGCUUCUUUGGUGCUGACCUUUUUAAUAGGUCGUCCUCAUUUAUUGACUGCUGGACCAUUAUCAAAUCAGCCAUCUUUCCCAUGAUUGGGGACGAUGAGGCCAUAACAGAAUAUUUCUGUAAUAAAAUAUGUAAUAUUCUAGUUUAAAGACUAGAGUUUUGGGUUACCUCUAAACUGCAAUCAUCAAAGUCCACUGAAAUAAAUGCUUGGAAAAUAUUGUGUAUAAAAAUAAAAUGGAUAUUUUUCACUUUCUGAACUGAAUUGCUGAACUAAAUGAAAUUUCUGAAGAUAUUCUAAUUUAUUGAGAUACACCUUUAAAUGCUAAACAGGAUCCAUUUUCCCCCAUAUUUCCAAUGAAUUUCCAGGCAGCUGAUGUUCUCUAAAUAAAACGUGUUAACGAUUUCUCCGAACAUGUUUUAUUUUUAUUUUUUAAGAUUCUUAUUUUUGUAUAAUGCCAAUUUGUGAAUAUGAUCUGUGUAAAAUAUCAGUGUACAGUCAAUACUACUUUAUUUUAGUAUUUAUUGGAGGGAAUUCAUGUUUUUUUUUUCAUCUUUAAGCUGUUGUCUUCUAAACCUAGAAAUUAAUAUGCAGCAUGUCGGUGGCCAACACCCAACCACAUUUCAUUUCAUGGGGCCUGCUGUAUGUUAUCAACAUGUUAUUCUUCAGGUCUUUGGUUGAAUUAAUGUUCCCUGAAGCUGUUUAAAAUAGAUAUCUCUACUUUUUAACCCUAAAAGCCACUCAUUCUGUGAUUUAAAAAAAAA